UUCCACUUUGACCCAGCACGAGCAGAACCCGGAAGCGAAGCCAGCCAGCCAAGCCAGAGCCAGAGCGCACACCGCAUAGCUAGCCUGCGCGCCCCGACGCCGACCCCUAUAUAAACACAGCCACUAUUCCCCCCGCCUCGCCCCCCUUCCGGCCUCUUGUCCCUAUCGCCCCACCGCGGCAGCUAGUCCCAUUCCCAUACCCGCGCCACCGUCCUCUCCGCGGCGCCGCGCCAAUGCGCCACCCCUCGCCGCCGCCGGAGCUCCCCGCGGCCGGGGGCGAGAUCCAGGCCAUGGCGCCCGCCUCGGCCGCGGGCUCCUCCAGCACCGGUGGCAGCACCGGAGGCUCGUUCACGGCGCUCCUGGGGCUCCCGACCUCCCAGGCCAUAGAGCUCCUUCUCCCCGGCGCGGCGCCGGCGCCGGCGCCUGCCUUCCCCUCCGACCCGCACCUCGUGGACCGCGCCGCCCGCUUCUCCGCCUUCGCGUCGCCGUCCCCGUCCCCGACCCCUCCUCCCCCCGCCUCCGCCGGCAAGCGCAAGGCCGACCCCGCCUCCAAGGGGAAGGUGGCGAAGAAGGGGAAGACGACGGCGGCCGGCGGCGAGGAGAAGGACUCGGGCGAGGACGAGAAGCCGGCGUACGUGCACGUGAGGGCCAGGAGGGGCCAGGCGACGGACAGCCACAGCCUCGCUGAGCGGGCGAGGCGGGAGAAGAUAAAUGCGAGGAUGGAGCUGCUCAAGGAGCUGGUCCCCGGAUGCAGCAAGGUAUCAGGAACAGCGCUGGUACUGGAGGAGAUCAUCAAUCAUGUUCAAUCCCUUCAAAGACAAGUCGAGUAUCUGUCAAUGAGACUCGCAGCAGUAAACCCAAGGGUUGACUUUGGUGGGCUAGACAACCUUUUGGGUACAGAGUGUGGAAGGAUAACAGGUUUAAACUGCAAGAGUGGAAUGGACUUGGAGCAAGUCAGCUGGCCCGACAUGGGCGUUCAUGGAGCGAGAAAUCUCGCGCAGCUACAACAGCAGUUCUGGCAUGGUGAUUUAGCACAUCCACAGCAAGCAGCUUCACCGUGGGAAAAACGGGGGGACGUACAACCUCCUGUCUUUAGCAACACCAGCUCCUCUCUCUUCGGCUACGAUCUCGCAAGCUCUGGACCGCAGCAACCGCCAACAAGCAAGCUAAAAACAGAGCUGUGAGCUACAUCAGUAUAUUGCAGGCCAGGAGAGCGAGCUACACAUAAGCUGGGGGCGAUGAACGGCAGAAUGCAAUGGGGAGCAAGCAAUCAAGACAUGAUCUGUGGGCGCCGACGAUGCACAGUGUGGUGCAGGGACUUGUUUCAACGGCAGCAUUUUGAGAUGAUGUACAUAUGGAGAUGGAGAUAGGAAAUACUGUUGGUGAUGUGGAGCUGAGCUGAAAGGCAUGGAUGGGUGGGUAUCAGGUUUCCCUGCUGCCAUUCAUCUCUAUAGAGACGGGCGAGCGAUACUGCAGUUUCUGGUCCUUGCUGGUGUAUUCUUGGCGUAUGCCUUCUGACUAUAAUGGCUGCAUAAUCUUAAGGUUGUAUGAGCAGCAUUGUUUGAUGAACAAGGCCCUGUGGUUUUGCACCUCUGUUUGAUUGCGUUCUCCAAAUGUGGCAAAGCGACGAGCUGCCUUUACUA